UGUUUUGUUUUUUUUCUUCAAUGGCUCGAUUACCCAGGACUUUGGAAAGCAAUGAGAAACCCCUUACUCGCGAAAAACUCCCUCUUUACCAUAUUGCCCUCGGUACUCUGAUUUCCAUAAAAGUCCCAUUUACGUUCAAUAUUUCAUCAUAAUCAUAUUUAAAGGACCAGAUUUUACGCUCAAAAGGGGGCAAAAUUACCCAAAAGAUUAGACGCCCAUUCUGAAAAUUUUGAGAUCCUCGAGGGCAUUUCUGUCACGAAAUUUGAGGUUAUGGUUUAACCGUGAUUACGGUUGAUAAUCAGUUAUAUAAUCAUGGCCACUUUUUGUGGAAUGAUUUGGUGUAGGGCAGGGCUUGUAGCCUAGGUUUCUCUCUCUAAAAUCAAAGUGUUUCUCUCUCUAGUUUCUUCAGUAUUAAAGUCUCGUUUUCUCCAUUAAAAUUUUAUCAAUCAUGUAUUGAUAUAUCAAUUUAGACAGAUGGGUGGGAAGUGGCCUCAGUGUCUGUGCUUCUCUGAUGAGAAAUAUUAAAUUCUGAGACUGAUGCCUUAGCCAUCCUUGCGUCCCCUGUCUUUUACUUUCUCUCUCUAACAAAGUGGUGCAGACCCAGUUCAGUUUUUUAUUCGGCCCCUAACGAAAUCGCAGGAAAAAACAGCAGAUUAGAGAGAGGGGGGGAUGGGACAGUGGUUCCAUCUGACAUUGUGCAUGGUGACUAGUGUUGUUGAGUGUGGGGUAACAUUAGGUUGAGUUGUUAAGCUAUUAAAAGUGUUGGGAGUUAUUGAGGAGAAGGAUCGGCAAUGGAUCCUCUGAGUAAGAGAAGGAAAUUGGGUUUUAGAUCCAAAAGGUCAUUGCAUCGUUGCUUCUUGGUUCCAAUCCUUUGUUUCUCUGCGUUUGCCCUCUUCGCGUCGGCGAUCAGCCAUGGCAACACUCGACUGAGUGGAGAAUCUCCAAAUCUGGUUCAUAGGAGUGUUGGUUCUACUGAUUCAGCUCAACAGCAGGUGAAUGGUGCAAUUGUUGGCAGUAAAGUAGGGAGGGGUGGUUUGAGCAGCAGGAGAUGUUUGAGCGGGCCGGGCUCUUCGCCUCCCCGCUGCGUUUCCAAGUGUGGGAAAUGCACCCCUUGCAAGCCUGUUCAUGUUCCUGUCCCACCAGGCACCCCUGUUACCACUGAAUAUUACCCUGAAGCAUGGAGAUGCAAAUGUGGAAACAGAUUAUAUAUGCCCUAAGCUCUCUCUCU